AUGGCUAGAUACAGAAAAGGUAAAGAUGCGAAAUAUGCGGAAACAAUUAGCGAUGACGAAGAUCAGAAAGGAAUCAAAUGUUCUGUCAUAGAGGAUUAUUGGCAGAAGGAAGCCGACAUUCCAGUACAUCAAUCAAUAUUCAAUAUAUCUGAACAACCUUUUUCAGCAAUAAAUGCAACCUUACUGCCAGAUUCGUUUGCAGAGGCAUCGGAAAUCUUUGACGAAUUUGGAUUCCGGAUCGAUUAUAAAAUUAAUAGCAACAAUUUGUUACCAGUUGAAACGUCUCAAAAUCGGAUGCGCUGGAUAGCACUGCUUGAAUUUGGACACGAUGAUGUGAAGGAAGAGUUAACAUGGUCAAAAGUGGACGUGGAAAAAUUAGAUUCUGAAAAGUUAAUGACUCUUAUCCAUGAAGUUGGAAUAGCUCAUUCGCUUCGUCCAUUUUUAUGGCCAAGGUUUUGUGGUGCAACAAAAAAGAAAGCGGCAAGUGCUUUCAGCUAUUUUGAGGUAAUCAAGCACUGCGACAAGGAUGAGUCAUCAGCAAGUACGCAGAUUGAAAAAGACUUACCAAGGACAUUACCUAACAAUAUAUGUUUUUGGCAUUCCGGUAGUAAAGGUAUCGAAAGCUUACGAAGAGUUCUGAAAUCAAUUGCUUAUAUUUAUCCGGAUGUUGGUUACUGUCAAGGAAUGGGUGUUAUUGCAGCUUCGUUAUUACUAUUUUGUCCGGAAGAAACAGCAUUCUGGAUUAUAGCCUCAUUAAUUGAAGAUAUAUUUCCACCCAAUUAUUAUAGUCGAUCAUUUCUUGGCUUACAGGCAGAUGAACGAGUUUCGCAGCAUCUAAUUGGGAUACAUCUGCCGGAACUGCAUCAUAUCUUAAAAGAUAAUGACGUUGAGUUAUCAUUAAUUACUAUUAAUUGGUUCCUAACAGCUUUUGCAUCAGUCCUUUCCAUGCGAGUUUUGCUGCGUGUUUGGGAUUGUUUGUUCGUGUUCGGUGGAGUGACGAUGUUCAGGGUGUUAAUCUCGAUUUUAAAAAUCAAGGAGGAUGAUUUAAUAGAAAUGAAAUACAAUGAAAAUGUUACAGUAGAAGUGUUCAAUACAAUUUCGCAGAUUCCAGCGUCUUUAAGUAAUCCAGGAUAUUUAAUGGAACUAUGUAAAUCUUUUGAAUUUUCAAUAACUACGGAGUUUAUCGAAACAGCUCGAAAACAUCAGCAAGCAAUUCUAUUAGCUAGUCAAGGACUUAUCAUAAACACAAAUAAUGUUACAAAUUUACCCAAACAGCAUGUUCGAAGACGUAAGCUAGUGGGAUCAAAAAGUUUCGUGCAGCAGAUAUUUGCUUUAUCUAAAGAACAGGAUAUUGAAAAUGAUCCGAAGACAAAAAAUGUUCGGCUUACUGAACUUAUUAUCGAUUUACGAGAUGCCAUUUUGCAUAUCUGUCGAUAUUUCAUUGAUUGUGAUGAGUCGUUUAAAAGAGUGGUUAACCUACAGGCAGACUACUCGGCAGAGGAUCGGCAAAAUGAAAAAGAGGAAUUUUUAAAAACGCGACAUAAUGAAUAUCGUCGUGCGAGAGCAUUGUUAGAUUUUAGGCGGCAAGAUGAAGAUGAAUUAGGAUUCAGGAAGAAUGAUAUAAUAACAGUUAUUUGUGAAAAAGAUGAACACUGCUGGGUUGGCGAAGUAAAUGGAUUAAGGGGAUGGUUUCCCGCAAAAUUUGUCGAAAUAGUUGAUGAUCGCGGACGUGAUUAUACAAUAUACGGUGAUGAAGCAGUUUGCCCAGAGAUAACCGAUAAGAUCCGUAGACGUCUGGCUUCAGCGUUAAAAUUGAUUUUAGAGUAUGGAUUGCGAAAGUCGGGUGUACUUAAUUUUGCUUCACAUCCAUGGCUUUUCAUUGAAGAGAUGUCACAAAGUUUUGUGCAAAAACAUUAUAAUGCCGUUUAUUCUCGUUUAACACUUUGUUCAACAUUCAGUUUGGACCAGGAUGGAGAGGUAUUAGCUCCGGAAGAACUCUUAUUUCGUGCUGUAAAGUUGAUCAAUGAAUCGCAUAAUGCAGUUGGUGCCCAAAUGGAUGUAAAAUUUCGCUCUCUAAUUGCUCUAGCAGUUUGCGAACAAUGCCUUCAUUUAUGGUUUGAUUUAUUAUGCAGCUGUCCAGAACAGGAUCAGAUCAGAAUUAAAUUUUAUCAUUCAUGGUCAUUUAUACGAUCACCCAUAUGGAGGCAGAUAAAAUGUGAACUGCGACUUCUGGCGCAAUUCUCCUUUAAUCUGAGUGUUGAUUACGAAGUUGCGGAUAUUGUAAGAAGGAAGAAAAAUUUGAAUUUGAGCAAGACACUGAAAAAAAAGGCCUUCUCGAAUAUGCUACCAACAACAAUUCGAAGUUCGUUUGAUCAGCCAUUAAAAGAAGGUGUGAGAGAUAUGCUGAUUAAACAUCAUCUCUUUAGUUGGGAUUUAUAG